GACUCGCGCAGAGCAGUUAUGGCGGAUUCCGCAGCGCUCGCGCCUGCAGCUCCGGCUCCCGCCCAGGUCCCGGCCGCGACCCCUGAGGUGGCCCCGGCCCCGGACGCGGCCCCGGACGCGGCCCCGGCGCCCGCCCGGGACUCGGCCUCCGGGCCGUCCUCGGACUCUGGCCCCGAAGCCGGCUCGCAGCGUCUGCUGUUCUCUCACGACCUGGUGUCGGGCCGUUACCGCGGCUCGGUGCACUUCGGGCUGGUGCGCCUUAUCCACGGCGAGGACUCGGACUCAGAGGGCGAGGAGGAGGGCCGCGGGAGCUCGGGCUGCUCCGAGGCGGGGGGCGCGGGCCACGAGGAGGGCCGGGCCAGCCCGCUGCGCCGCGGCUACGUGCGCGUGCAGUGGUACCCGGAGGGCGUCAAGCAGCACGUGAAGGAAACCAAGCUGAAACUAGAGGACCGCUCUGUGGUGCCCCGGGAUGUGGUCCGGCACAUGCGAUCCACAGACAGCCAGUGCGGCACCGUGAUAGACGUCAGCAUCGACUGUGCCGUCAAGCUCAUCGGCACCAACUGCAUCAUCUACCCCGUCAACAGCAAGGACCUGCAGCACAUCUGGCCCUUCAUGUAUGGGGACUACAUUGCCUACGACUGCUGGCUGGGGAAAGUCUACGACUUGAAGAACCAGAUCAUCCUGAAGCUGUCCAAUGGUGCCAGGUGCUCCAUGAACACAGAGGAUGGUGCCAAGCUCUACGACGUCUGCCCGCACGUCAGCGACUCAGGUCUCUUCUUCGAUGACUCCUAUGGCUUCUACCCGGGCCAGGUGCUCAUCGGCCCCGCCAAGAUCUUCUCCAGCGUCCAGUGGCUGUCGGGAGUCAAGCCUGUGCUCAGCACCAAGAGCAAAUUCCGGGUGGUGGUGGAAGAGGUGCAGGUGGUAGAACUGAAAGUCACUUGGAUUACCAAAAGCUUCUGUCCAGGGGGCACGGACAGUGUCAGCCCCCCACCCUCUGUCAUCACCCAGGAAAACCUAGGCAGGGUGAAGCGUCUCGGAUGCUUUGACCAUGCUCAGCGGCAGCUGGGGGAGCGCUGUCUGUUUGUCUUCCCGGCCAAGGUAGAGCUGGCCAAGAUUGCCUGUGAAUGUCCAGAAAAACACUGCGCCCAGGGGGAGGGCUCCAUGGCCAAGAAGGUAAAGCGCCUGCUGAAGAAGCAGGUUGUAAGGAUCAUGUCCUGCUCCCCGGACACCCAGUGCUCCAGGGACCAUUCCGCGGAGGAUCCAAGCAAGAAAGGAGGGGCCAAGGCAAAGAGCGCAGCGGGGUCCGCCAGCCCUGAGGAGACCCCCGAUGGAUCCUCCAGCCCUGUGGAGAUGCAGGACGAGGGCCCGGAGGAGGCCCAGGAGACAGGCGAACAGCUGCCCCCCUUCCUGCUGAAGGAGGGCGGAGACGACAGGCUGCACUCGGCCGAGCAGGAUGCAGACGAUGAGGCUGCUGACGACACGGACGACACCAGCUCGGUUACCUCCUCCGCCAGCUCCACCACCUCCUCCCAGAGUGGCAGCGGCACGAGCCGCAAAAAGAGCAUCCCCUUGUCCAUCAAGAACUUGAAGCGGAAACACAAGAGGAAGAAGAAUAAAAUCACCCGUGACUUCAAGCCAGGGGACAGGGUGGCAGUGGAGGUGGUGACCACGAUGACCUCAGCAGACGUGAUGUGGCAGGACGGCUCCGUGGAGUGCAACAUCCGCUCCAACGACCUCUUCCCGGUGCACCAUCUGGACAACAACGAGUUCUGCCCGGGAGACUUCGUGGUGGACAAGCGAGCCCAGAGCUGCCCCGACCCCGCUGUCUACGGCGUGGUGCAGUCUGGGGACCACGUGGGCCGCACCUGUGUGGUGAAGUGGUUCAAGCUGAGGCCGAGUGGGGAUGACGUGGAGCUGAUUGGAGAAGAGGAGGACGUGAGCGUUUAUGACAUUGCAGACCACCCUGACUUCCGGUUCCGCACAACGGAUAUCGUCAUCCGCAUUGGCAACACUGAGGACGGAGCUCCUCACAAGGAGGAUGAGCAGCCAUCAGUCGGCCAGGUGGCCCGCGUGGACGUCAGCAGCAAGGUGGAGGUGGUGUGGGCUGACAACUCGAAGACCAUCAUCCUGCCCCAGCACCUGUACAACAUCGAGUCCGAGAUCGAGGAGUCGGACUACGACUCAGUGGAGGGCAGCACCAGCGGGGCGUCCUCCGACGAGUGGGAGGAUGACAGUGACAGCUGGGAGACGGACAACGGACUGGUGGAGGACGAGCACCCCAAGAUAGAGGAGCCCCCGGUCCCCCCCGCUGAGCAGCCGGCGGCCCCUGAGGAGGACAAGGGCGUGGUGAUCAGUGAAGAGGCCGCCACGGCCGCCAUUCAGGGGGCCGUGGCCAUGCCUGCCCCGGUGGCCGGGCUGAUGGAGAAGGCCGGCAAGGACGGGCCCCCGAAGAGCUUCCGGGAGCUGAAGGAGGCCAUCAAGAUCCUGGAGAGCCUCAAGAACAUGACGGUGGAGCAGCUUCUGACGGGCUCCCCCACCUCCCCCACAGUGGAGCCUGAGAAACCAACUCGAGAGAAGAAGUUUCUGGAUGACAUCAAGAAGCUGCAGGAAAACCUCAAGAAGACCCUGGACAACGUGGCCAUCGCAGAGGAGGAGAAGAUGGAGGCCAUGCCGGACGCAGAGCGCAAGGAGGACAGGCCCGAGGCACAGUCGCCUGUCAAGGCCGAGUGGCCCAGCGAGACGCCCGUGCUCUGCCAGCAGCGUGGCGGCAGGCCCGGCGUCACCUUCACCAGCGCCAGGGGCGAGGUCUUCUCCGUGCUGGAGUCCGCGCCCUCAAAUCACUCUUUCAAGAAAAUCGAGUUCCAGCCUCCAGAAGCCAAGAAGUUCUUCAGCACGGUGCGGAAGGAGAUGGCACUGCUGGCUACCUCGCUGCCCGAUGGCAUCAUGGUCAAGACUUUUGAGGACAGAAUGGACCUCUUCUCCGCCCUGAUCAAGGGCCCCACUCGCACCCCCUAUGAGGACGGCCUCUACCUGUUUGACAUCCAGCUUCCCAACAUCUACCCGGCCGUGCCCCCCCACUUCUGCUACCUCUCCCAGUGCAGUGGCCGUCUGAACCCCAACCUCUAUGACAACGGGAAGGUGUGCGUCAGCCUCCUGGGCACCUGGAUUGGAAAGGGGACAGAGAGGUGGACGAGCAAGUCCAGCCUUCUCCAGGUGCUCAUCUCCAUCCAAGGUCUGAUCCUGGUGAACGAGCCGUACUACAACGAAGCCGGCUUCGACAGCGACCGGGGCCUGCAGGAGGGCUACGAGAACAGCCGCUGCUACAACGAGAUGGCGCUGAUCCGCGUGGUACAGUCCAUGACCCAGCUGGUGCGGCGGCCCCCCGAGGUCUUUGAGCAGGAGAUCCGGCAGCACUUCAGUGCCGGCGGCUGGCGGCUGGUGAGACGCAUCGAGUCCUGGCUGGAAACCCACGCCCUGCUGGAGAGGGCUCAGGCGCUGCCCAACGGGGUCUCCAAGGACAGCGGCUGUGCGGUGGCCGAGCUCCCGGAUGGCGGCCAGGCAGAACCUGAGGAUGGCAGGCUGGCCCCUGGGGAGGCCUCCCAGGGCUCGGACUCGGAGGGUGGUGCCCAGGGCCCGGCCACAGCCAGCAGGGACCCCACAGACCAGACUUCGGAGGCUGCGCCGGAUGCCUCGGCGCCGCCCAGUGUCAAACCAAAGAAGCGGAGGAAGAGCUACCGGAGCUUCUUGCCCGAGAAGAGCGGCUACCCCGACAUCGGCUUCCCCCUCUUCCCGCUUUCUAAGGGUUUCAUCAAGAGCGUCCGGGGGGUUCUGGCGCAGUUCCGGGCCGCCCUGGUUGAGGCAGGCAUGCCUGAGUGCACAGACGACAAGUAGCCGCCAGCCCUGUAGGACGGAGGACCGCGGUGGGAGAGGCCAGCUGCUGCCUGCUCAUCCCUUCCCCUGGACCCUCCCCUCUUCCCACUCUCUCCUCUGUCCCCGAUGCAAGCCCCCCAGGCCCCUUUCUUCCCAAGGUGAGUUUGAUGCUGACGUGCAAGAAGUCUCUUGAGAUGCUGCCAUUUCUAUUCCGAAGCAGCCUUUCAACAGGCAAGUCCCCCGUGCAAAGCAAACCUGAACCCUGUUGCUGAUUUCCCACUUGUCACCCAGGCGACGUGUCCCAGCACUUGCCCCCUCGCCGGCUCCUCUCGGGGCUGAGGAGUGCCCCCAGGGCCCAGCGCGGUGCGAGCAGUGGCGGGACGGGCGGCCGUGCCGCGCGUGCAGUGCGGGUCGCUCCCGCAGCUCCCCUCGUCCUUCCCGUCCUCUUCAGUGCCAUGGUAGCUCCCUGGGCCCCGGGCCGGCGCCCCCAGGUCCGCCCUCGCUCCCCAGCAUCAGCACGUUUUCCUGGGAGUUACAGCCGCUGUCACUGACCCUGGCUCUGUUCUGGCCCAGUUGCCACAGGACAGCCCUCAGGGGCCUGUCGAACUUGCUCUCUUAGAGACCGGGCUGGGUUCAGGGUGACACCCAAAAGGGGCGGUGGCCCUCACAUGCCAACACGGAGCGAGGACCAGGGAGCUGCCGGGAAAGAAACAACUGUAGGUGCCUUGCUCUCCUGUCCCCUGUGGCCAUGGGUGGGUGGUCCUGGCCUCGAGGCCCCGUGUGCAUGACCCGAAGCCAGUGUCUGCCCCCUGCUGCGGCCGGGCCCAGGGCCCCAGGAGGCGGGAGCGCAGGGGCCUCUCCCAUGCCCUCUGUUCCUCCCCUUACCAAGUGCUCGUGCUGGGAGGCGGCCCUCUCCCCCGAGACCAAGGCCACCUGUCAGCCCUUAGCUUACCAACUGCGCAGGCUCAGUCGGGGGGGGGGCAGUGGCCGGUGCGGGGUCUCCUCCUCCGCAGAGACAGACCCAGAGGUUUACAAGUUUUCUAAGCUUUUGAUAAUGUGAAGCUCCAAGUUAAGAGGAUGCUGUGAGCACAUUGCAGGUAUGUAAUUUUUGGUGUAUGUAUGUAAUAUUUAAGGUUGACAGAAAAUAAAUUUCAAAAGCAAAGAUAUUAACUCUUACUAGAAAAAAACAAAAAAAGAAGCCAAAGCAUGAUGCGUCUCGUCCGCCUUAAGCUGGCUCCUCCCCCGAGCAGCGACUUUCCACCCAGCGGGCGGCAGCCCCGGGGAGGGACUCGUGUGAGAAACACCCUGAGCGACUGGUGGGGCUGUGCUUCCCAGGGCGUUGUUCGCGUGGAGAUGUGAAUGCCUACUGCUUACGAUAUCUGUAUAAAGUGCUGUGUGAUUAAACCUUUUUUUUACUUGCAUUUUUUUUUUUUUUUUUUUUUUUGGUUUGGCUCAUUACAAUGUACAAAA